AUGGGUGAUUUUGGGUUAGAGGUGACACUCUUCCUCGUAUGCCUGUCCCUUAUCAUCAUCUUCUUAAACCUCUGCAAUCGAAAGAGAAAAAAAUACGGCAAUCUCCCUCCGGGCAGCUCCGGCUGGCCUUUCCUCGGCGAGACCCUUUCCUACUUAAAGCCUUAUCCAGCCCACACCAUCGGCCCAUUUAUGGAACAACACAUCUCCAGGUAUGGAAAGAUCUACAGGUCCCACUUAUUCGGGGAGCCGGCAAUCGUGUCGGCCGACGCAGACCUGAACCGGUUCAUCCUGCAGAACGAGGGCCGGCUGUUCGAGUGCAGCUACCCGAGGAGCAUCGGGGGCAUUUUGGGAAAAUGGUCGAUGCUCGUCCUCGUCGGCGAUAUGCACCGGGACAUGAGGACUAUUUCCCUCAAUUUCCUCACCAAUGCCAGCCUCAAAACCCGUCUCCUUGCCGAGGUCGAGAAGCACACGCUCCUCGUCCUCUCCUCCUGGCCGAACAACUCAGUUGUUCGCGCACAGGAUGAGGCCAAAAAGUUCACAUUCAAUUUGAUGGCCGAGCAUAUAAUGAGCCUCGAGCCAGGGAAGCCGGAGACGGAGCAGCUGAAGCUCGAAUACAUCACUUUCAUGAAAGGCGUGGUCUCGGCUCCCUUGAAUUUCCCCGGGACCGCCUACUGGAAGGCCUUGCGGUCUCGAUCGACGAUCCUUGGAUUCAUCGAACGGAAAAUGGAGGAGAGGAUGUCGAGGGAGAAUAGAGGGAAUGAUCUGCUGGGUUGGGUGCUCAACAACUCCAAUCUGUGGAAAGAGCAGAUAAUGGACUUGGUUUUGAGCUUGUUGUUUGCUGGACAUGAAACUUCUUCAGUUGCUAUAGCACUCGCCAUAUAUUUUCUUCAAGCUUGCCCCAAUGCCCUUCACCAAUUGAGAGGACCUUUUUGCAACAUUUUUACAAAUAUCAGGGACGAAAAACAAAAAUCAAUUCAAAGGAGAAAAAAAAGUAACGGUAGUAAAACAUACAGAAAUAAAAUUGUCAUAAGCGAGACUUUGAGGCUGGGGAACGUGGUUAGAUUUCUACACAGAAAAGCCCUCAAAGAUGUUAGGUAUAAAGGUUAUGACAUUCCAUGUGGAUGGAAAGUGUUGCCGGUGAUAGCAGCAGUGCAUUUAGAUGCGUCAGCAUUUGACCAGCCUUGGCACUUCUACCCAUGGAGAUGGCAGCACCACCACCAGGUAAUUUCUUUAUUUAUUUACUAA